CCCGAUAACCCUAGCAAGAACGGAAAAGUCAGUGUUUUUGUUGGGCGGGACACCGAAGCUGCGCAUCCCGCAACGUUCCAACUUCGCCCGAGCUGCAGCAGUCAUAAGAGAAGCAACAUCUCUUCUCAUGUUUCGGAGAGCAUUGUUGCGUGGAGCCAGCACUGACAAAACUCGUGCCUGCACGCGGCCCGCAGCUCGUUUCGUCACAUCUCACAAGCUACUCCCCAUCAAGGUCACCAGUCAUCACAGAGCAUAUUGCUCCGCCCACAAAAUGUCCGACCUCACCACCGACUAUCUCGGCGCGAGCCACGACCGCAUUUUUGAGAACAAUCGAAAAUGGGCCUCCGACAAGGCACAGAACGACCCGGAGUUCUUCACCAAGCUGUCCUCUGGCCAGAAGCCCGAUUACCUGUAUAUUGGAUGUGCCGAUAGCCGAAUCCCAUCCAACGAGAUUAUGGGUCUGGAUGCCGGCGAGGUCUUCACGCACCGCAACAUUGCCAAUCUGGUGUGCAACACCGACCUCAAUGUGAUGAGCGUCAUUAACUACGCCGUCCGACACCUCGAGGUCAAGCACAUUGUGGUUGUGGGUCACUACAGCUGCGGUGGAGUCAAAGCGGCCAUGACUCCGGCCGAUCUUGGUAUUCUCAACCCAUGGCUUCGCAACAUCCGAGACGUGUAUAGGCUGCACGAGCAGGAACUUGACGCCAUCACCGACCAGGACCAGAAGUACAACAGGCUGGCUGAGCUCAACGUUUUGGAGCAGGCUCGCAAUGUUGUCAAGACUGCUGCUGUUCAGCAGAGCUAUGCCAAGAACAAGUUUCCCAUCGUCCAUGCGUGGAUCUUCGAUUUCAAGGAUGGUCUUCUCAAGGACUUGAAGCUUGACUUUGAGAAGCAGCUCAAGGAUAUCCAGAAGAUCUACAACUUGACUGGAGGCGAGUAGGUGCCGAUUUCUCGGCGAGCUUGAGAGCGUAUUGAAAAAUUGAGUUGCGGGCUUUGCGAAGCUGCGAGAUGUGGAGAUAGAGGGCAGGAAUCGCGAAGAAUCAGUGAUGGAAACAUAUACUACUGCUCAUCUGGAGGCAUAAUCUGUUUUGGAGCAUCUUGAUAUCGACACCUGUCCUGCAGCCAAGUUCAUUCUGCCUGAUCUAUCCUUCGCAUCACUGACAGAUCCUUCACUCAGUCCGGUCUUUAAGCCCUGGACUCUUCUUCGCC